AUGCAUUGACGUGGCUCACCGAAUUUAAUGGACAUUCCCAUCUGUUCGUUAAAGAGUCCAUCAACUAUUGUCUGCGACGCCCAAAUGGUUUUGUAGUGACUCGUUCGAUUUCCGUUUACUCUGGCAAAAAUUGAAAUCACACGGGCAUGUUUUUCUUUGCUAAAUCGAAAGAAGAUUCGUCCUCGCCUGAUUCUUCCACUGGUAAACCACCACCACUACGAAGACAUGAUACUUUUGGGAGUACCGAAUUGUUUGAAGCUUGGGCAAAAGAUUCAUUUAUCAACCAAAGCACAAUUGACAUUUUGGUGAAAACGCAUCAAAUUGAUUGCUUGCCCGCGGUUCUGGCCUUAAAGAAAGACGACUAUACACAUUUGAAUUUACCGGUCGGUCAACGAAGACUUCUCGAGAGUGCGGUCGAGAAACUCCGCCAAGAAUAUGAACUAGUUCAACCGCCGACCCCAAAGGCGAAGAUUAAUCUUGAGAUGCCGGUUUAUAAAUCGAUGCUGGAGAUAGAAGAACUAGCAGAAGAAGGGAAAACUGGUCAAUAUGAGGAAAACCAAUCAUCUCGUAGGCCACAGUCCAUGGGGCAUGCUACUCAAAGCAUUUAUGGGCAAACACGAAGCUAUGUUGAGUCUGGUACUGAUAAAAAGGACAGCGGCCCGGAGAAGGAAGCUUUGCUGGUUUCUGAACAAAGUAAAAUUUCGCCGCAGACAUCACCAAAGUCAGCACAGAGGAGAAAAGAUGGCACAACGUCUUCAAGACAAUCACAAGAAAAAAGAGCCUCAAAGAAUUACACAGAUGAUAGCGGAGAUGAUGACGAUAUGAACACGCCAUGCGCAUGUCAGAGAUGGCUUUUCACCACCUUAUUCAUGCCAGAAUUUGCUGUUUUAUCAGUUAUUGGAUUCGUUCUUGUUGUUUUACUCAUGCCGUUUCGUUUAUGUUGUCCUCAAGGUGGAGUUUACACCAAUGUUGUAACUUUUAUAUUUGAAGUAUUUAUAAUGGCUCCUUGUCUCGCAUGCAAAUGGGCGAGGGGUAAAAGAAGACCUCAAGCUAAUACCUCUGCCUCGAGAAAGCCCCGCUAUGGUGGAACAGAUGAUUUGGAGCUUGGCGACAAAUGACGAACGCUACAGUACGAUUUUCUGAGAAAUUAAAUCUACGAACAUGUCUAAUUUUCGCCUCCUGCAAAUUUUUGUUUCCGGUGGUAAUACUGAAGGGAAGGCUCUGAAGGGGGAAAAUUAACCCUUUCCACCCUAACAUCAGUAUGCAUAUUCUCCAUACUGUUCUCUUUACAUUUCCUAAGGUGCUGUU